GUGUAUACAUGGAUUACAAUUACAAAAUCAAACCCUUCAGUCCUCACUCACAAGCUCUUUCCCUCUGAGAUAAAGUCCAACUCUGAAAGGGAGCUUCAGCUACGUGCUACCGAGCUUGAGCUCCCAUCAAAAAUACCGUUCGUAACAACAUAAUGUCUUUGAUUCUGCGCGCCUUUCCCGUCGUUCUUCAACGCUCCAAGCCUUUCGCGUUCAUAUCAUUGCCUUUUUACCGAAAUCAUCUGAAAUUCAAGCUUAUAAAACCGACCAAGAGAAGGAUUUCCGUUAUUUCUUCUGCUUCUCCUCCAGUCGAAACCCUUGUUUCUGAUUCCAAACCAGUUUUACCCGUCAAGGAUACUCUCGAAUGGGUCAGCAGAACUGCAUAUUGUGGAGAUUUAUCUGUUGACGACGUGGGGAAACGCGUUCGGCUCUGUGGGUGGGUCGCGCUUCACAGAAUUCAUGGAGGCCUUACGUUUAUAAAUCUUAGAGACCAUACCGGGAUUAUUCAGAUUACGACACUUCCUAGUCAGUUCCCCGAUUCUCAUUCCAUUAUUAACAAGUUGGGUCUUGAGUAUGUGAUCGCUGUGGAUGGUGUUGUUCGGUCUCGACCAAGCGAGUCUUUCAAUAAGAAGAUGAAAACUGGCAUGAUAGAGGUAGCAGCAGAGAAUGUUCAAGUAUUGAAUUCUGUGAGAUCUAAGCUGCCCUUUUUGGUUACUACUGUGGAUGAUGCAAAGGAAUCUGUCAAAGAGGAGAUUCGGUUGAGAUAUCGAUACCUUGAUUUACGCCGGCAGCAGAUGUAUUCCAAUCUGAUGUUGCGACAUAAGGUGGUCAAACUCAUCAGGCGAUAUCUAGAGGAUGUAUGUUGUUUUACAGAGAUUGACACUCCACUACUCUCUAGAUCUACUCCUGAAGGUGCUCGGGAUUAUCUUGUUCCUGCACGAGUUCAGCCAGGAAUGUUCUAUGCUCUACCCCAAAGUCCACAGUUGUAUAAACAAAUGUUGAUGGUCUCUGGGUUUGACAAGUAUUAUCAGAUAGCAAGAUGUUUCCGAGAUGAAGAUCUAAGAGCAGAUAGACAGCCUGAAUUCACACAGCUAGAUAUGGAAUUGGCUUUUACUCCUAUAGAAGACAUGCUAAGGCUUAAUGAAGAUUUGAUAAGACAUAUAUUUCAAGAGAUUAAAGGUAUCCAGCUUCCAAUCCCUUUUCCUAGGCUUACUUAUGCUGAAGCAAUGAGUCGAUAUGGAUCAGACAAGCCAGAUCUUCGUUUUGCUCUUGAAUUGAAAGAUGUCUCUGUUAUUUUCUCAGAUUCCACCUUCAAGGUUUUUGCUGAUAGCUUAGCAAGUGGUGGUAUUAUCAAGGCACUGUGUGUUCCUUCGGGCGCAAAAAGAUUUUCAAACACUGCUCUCAAGAAAGGUGAAAUCUACAAUGAAGCAAUCAAAUCAGGAGCAAAGGGUUUGCCCUUCCUUAGGGUCUUGGAUGAUGGAGAGAUUGAGGGGAUUCCUGCUUUGGCAUCGAGUUUAGAUUCCAAAAAUAGAGAGGAACUGCUGAGGCAAUGCUCUGCGAGAUCAGGUGAUCUUAUCUUGUUUGCUGUUGGCCAUCACACAUCAGUUAAUAAGACCCUUGACCGGCUUAGAACUUUCUUGGGCCAUGAGCUGGGGUUGAUUGACCAUUCAGCACAUUCAAUUCUGUGGGUAACCGAUUUUCCAAUGUUUGAGUGGAACAGCACUGAGCAGAGGCUUGAGGCCUUGCACCAUCCUUUCACUGCACCAAACCCUGAUGACCUGCAAGACCUUUCUACUGCCCGUGCUUUGGCUUAUGACAUGGUCUACAAUGGAGUAGAGAUUGGUGGAGGGAGUCUUAGAAUACAUAAGCGUGAGCUCCAAGAAAAGGUCUUCGAAAUGGUUGGUAUCACCCCUAAACAGGCUGAAGAAAAAUUUGGGUAUCUUCUUGAGGCUUUGGACAUGGGAGCUCCUCCUCAUGGGGGAAUUGCUUAUGGGUUGGACCGUUUAGUGAUGCUGUUGGCAGGAGCCAAUUCUAUACGAGAUGUUAUAGCUUUCCCAAAGACUACAACUGCCCAGUGCGCCUUAACUCGGGCCCCCUCAGAGGUUGAUCCCCAGCAGCUGAAAGACCUCUCGCUUUCCUAGCCAAUGACAUCUUCGCUGUUUUUAUUUUCCCUCAUUUUGUGUAUUUAUUUAUGUACUUGAUUAAUGUUAGUCUCUUCUAUAAAAAUAGGUUGAAAUCUUCACUGUUAACAAUCUCCCAAGUCCUGCCUACUUGUGAUGUUUAUUUAUUAUUUUUUUGGUAGAUCCUGUAAUGUUUUUUUAGAGCUUGGCAUAUUUGCGGGAGGAUGAGUUGAUGUAAUAAUUUCUAUAUUUGAUCAACGAAUUUUGAUGAAAGAUAAGUUAAUGUUUUCAUGCUGAA